AUGUUUAGAAGACAGAUUUCAUUAUGUGCUAAAAGAAAUAGUCCAGUUGUGGAAUUGUUUGCCACGUCGACUCUGGGGGGUAUCACGUAUAGGAGACUAUUCUCUACUAGUAUGGCAGGCUUGAGCGGCUCUUCAACGUACAAUGCCAAAAGCAAGGCGCACAAGUCGAUUACAGAGCGAAUCAGAAGUGGAACAAAGUUUCUUAUAUCUUCUGCCAUUGUUCUAGCGGCAUUGGGAGUCACGACGGUUUCCCUUUACUUGGUUUUCAAAGAGUUGUUCUCUCCCUCGGGUGAAACUCCUACAUUCAACAGAGUUGUUAACAAAAUUGAAAAGAAUCCUGAGUGUAUGAAAUUAUUGGGAUAUUCAGAUGAUGAGAUUGCCAAAGGUAGCAUCAAGUUGAAGGCCUAUGGAGAUGUUCCUCAGGAUAGAUGGACCAGAGAUAGACCCAUUAGGGCUACCCAGUAUACUGCCAAGGAUGGUAGCGAACGUCUUUUGAUGAGGUUCUUUGUGGAGAGCAAAUAUAAAGUUGGUGUGGUGAGAGUGGAGGCUAUCGAGCAGAAUUUGUUAGCCCAAAAAUUCAACUAUAUUACGUUGGACGUGAAAGGUGAAAAGAGGUACUACCUCGAAGGUAUGGCUCCACAUUCCCCAUCCUUCAAGCAACCAUUCAGUCUUUUUGGAAGUGGUAACGGAUUUCUGGGUGUAAAAUGGGGACCUCAAAAAAAGGACGAUAAGGGGGAAGAUAAGACUAACCAAAAGAAGUGA